GUUGGAGAACUUCACACCGAGGCAGGGCAGCCUCCGGCCGAGGCGGUCUCCUCGCACAGGCGACACGGCCUGCGGUUCGCGGCCAGGCUCCCGCGGGCCAAGGCCCGGCCGCGCGCCUUCCCCUCAGCGUCUCGCUGCUCGCCGCCCUCCCAGACUGUCGCGCAACACGGCGGUGGCGCUUCCGGCCUUUCCAGCCGCCUCAUCUAUCGUCGUUCCUCCCGCCGGGGCGGGGGGCUCGCCCCGGUGCGCGGGAGGCCUGAGGGGCUGCCGCGGCGGGCGGGCAGCCGGGGGGCGUCCCCUGAAGAGAAAAGGGAGGGGGGGGGGGCUGGUAGCACGGCGGUACGUGUGAGGCAGCCACCUUCCCCCCCACACAGACCCUGCCGGGAGCCCCGGCUCUUCCGGGGCGCUCCGGGACACCCCGCCGAGGAGCGCCCCCCUCACCCCCUCCCCGCGCCCUGAGGGGCGGAGGCGGCCAUGGCGGAGGCGGGGAGGGCCGGCGGGAGCCCCGCCGCGGCCCGCCGCCCCGGGGCCGUGCAGGUGUCUGUCAUUGUACCUGUUCACAACAGCGAAUGCUGGUUGGAUGAAUGCAUGAAGUCAGUUUGGGAACAAGAUUUUAAAGAAACCAUGGAGCUGUCAGUUUUUAAUGAUGCCAGUAAGGAUGGUUCAGCUGAAAUAAUUGAAAAAUGGAAGACCAAAUUGGAAGCCGCUGGUGUUCCCGUAGUCAUUGGUAGUAAUGAUUCCUCUCAACCUCGAGGCGUUGGAUUUGCUAAAAAUCAAGCAGUAAUUCAGAGCUCAGGAGCCUAUCUCUGCUUCCUGGAUUCAGAUGAUGUGAUGAUGCCACAGCGGGUUAGACUGCAGCUCGAAGCUGCCAUUCAACGCCCAAACAGUAUUAUUGGUUGCCAAGUCAGAAGAGAGCCACCAGAGUCCACUGAACGGUAUACUCGUUGGAUCAAUAAUCUGACUGAGGAACAACUUCUGACACAGGUGUUUACCUCCCAUGGACCUACUGUGAUCAUGCCAACCUGGUUCUGUUCUCGUGAAUGUUUUUUUCAUGUGGGAAAAUUUGAUGAAGGUGGAAAGGGUGUUCCAGAAGACUUGCUGUUUUUUUAUAAACAUAUCCAAAAGGGUGGUGGAGUCUUUCGAGUAAACCAUUGCCUCCUGUUGUACCGUUACCAUCCACAGGCUGCAACUCAUUCCGUCUUAGAGGGAACCAUCUGGAAUCACCGAGUCAGGUUUCUUGAAGACAGAGUCCUGAGCUCCUGGGCAUCAUUCACCAUUUGGAACGCUGGCAAGCAAGGCAAGAAGCUCUACAGAAGCUUGUCACCAGCUAAUCAGAAAAAGGUAAUUGCAUUCUGUGAUGUUGAUGAAAAGAAAAUAGCAAAAGGAUUCUACACUUACGAAGCAUCUGAGGAGAGACCGAAGCCAAGAAUUCCUGUAUGUCACUUCAGAGCUGCAACUCCACCUUUCAUCAUCUGCGUGAAGCUGGAUUUGACAGGUGGAGCAUUUGAAACAAACCUGAACAUGCUGAACUUGAAGGAAGGGAUGGAUUAUUAUCACUUCAACUAAAACCCAAGAAAAGGCAGACGAACAGUUUCUGAAACAUCUGCACUGCAUUAUCUCAUUCUUGCGUUGUGUCUGAGUAAGAUGUCACACUACAAGGCUGGAAUGUUUUCAAGAACCGAGACUGGAAGAGCUUAAGACAACAGUCUUCAGCAAUUCCACAUAUUCUGGGGUAAGGCGCUCCUCCCGGGGCACACUGACAUACCGACGAACCAGCGAAGAACGGCGGCGGUUGCACACGAGUACCCAGGACGUUUGGCGGCACAGUUGGUUUUUUUCUAUGCUGCUUUAAAAAAAACGAACCCCCUCAGGAGUACAUUUCCAUACUUUACCUUGGCUACCAGCUGCGGUCUGGGCACUUGCAUGAGGUCGCAGAGAUAGUUGCGUGUCUCUCUCACUGCUGGCAGGGCCGCCUCCCUGCGUGAGGAAGUACCUUCCAGUUAACUCAAAAAUGAAAACCUGAAGGUGGCUACAUUCAUACACCUUCGUUAGCUAUCCCUUUCCUCAUUACGAUGUAUGCAUCUAUAUUUCAUGUCCAUUUCAAAUGGCAGAAGUUUUUGUUGUGUCACAAUAUUAAGAAUAACGUAACAUUUUUGUACCAUCUUAAGCCAGAUACACCACAAAUACCCAGCAGGUCUCCCAGAAGUGGCAGUUACUAGUAAAAUGCCCAAGACUGUUCUUCCAGGCUUUUGUAUUCCAAAAAAAACCCCACUAUUUCAUACAACCCUUUUGCCUAGAAGUUCACUAAUUUAGUCUCUACAUUUAUAGCUCCUUUUUGCUUUAGAAAACUUCAUAUCAAGAAUUUAAAUAAAUGGCACGGGAUUUGGAGAACAUCCUGCAAUCUAUAGCAGCUUUCUCCUGAAACAGGAAAUCCCGUCCCAAAACUUGUGAGUCUUUUAAGAAGUUUCUGCAAUAGCGUGGUGUCCCCGAGAGAAUUCCCCACGAGCUGUCAGUUACAAAAAGCCCCAACUGCCAGAAAUCCAUACAGGCGACAUUCAUUCUUUUCCAUGUUGUAAAAAGUGACCCCUCAGACUAACUGGAACGCUGAGAGACUGCUAGGCUUACUCGCCAACGCAGCUUUAUUUUGUUUUUCGUAACAACUGUAAAUGGGCUAUUGAAAAUGUAACUCUCAGCACAUAAACAGAGUCCAAAACUAGAGAGACAAAGCAUGAAGGGCAAGAUAGAAAUAAUCUGCACUUUGGGGGUUUUUUAACCACCCUGGACAAUUUGUCAUGUUCAAUACUGGACACCUUGCUGUAGCUAAAGAAAAGUUAUUAUUUAGCGUAAUUGGUUUAAACUCUGAAUUACACCACUGUAUGCCAAAGUCUCUGUAGUUCCAACACAGAACAAAUACACGUAUGCCAGUAAUUAUCAUCUUCCCCAAAUAUUCAUUCUCGUUUGGCUUCCUGAUGUUAAUGCUUAUUGUAAUUCAGAAUUUACUGUGCUUGCUUUAGCACUGAGAGAGCUUGAGCAUAACAAGCAGCUCGCGCUGACACUCAGCCAUGACUUCAAAUAUCUUCUUUUGUAAACAGUUCAAAUCUACCAAGAUAAAACAAUUAAGGUUUAAGUAAACUCGCGCUUCAUCUUUCAUCUUAGUGCAGUGGACAUACUGCAACGGGGAGCUUAGAGCGGGGCCUGAACCAAGAAUAAACCAGGCAGCCAGUCACACCUUAAAAACGGCAAGGUGAAAAUAGAGUAUUUACUUUUCUGAAGUGGUUUUUAGGAAGUAUUUUGCUUUGGUUUAGUACCCCGUUUCUGAGCAGAGCUGUGCUACUGCUGCUUCUUCUGUAGCCAUUUGGUGUGUACCACUUCUAAUUUUGGUACUGUAAACAUCCCUCUGUGACAGCGGUAAUCUGAUCCUGCUCGCUUGUUUCUGUUAACAAAUUCUUUCUGCAACUUCUGAGCCAGCCUGCUCUUAAAUUCGCAUUUCAUAAGCGAUCACUGAAUCGCACCAAACAUGACACUCGGCAUCCAUGCGUAGUUAAGCAAGUCAUUUUAGCAAUAGGCAGGACUUUUGGUAACCAGUUCUUUAAAUCUGAGACCCUUAUUCUACUUUUGUACUGGAAGAUUCAGAAAAAUAGAAGCAGCCACCCCGACAGUGACAAGCUUCAUUUUCUUUUCCCAAAUAUGAAGUUAUUUAAGCUCAAGCACAGACAUAAAACAGAAAUUAAAUACAAGUUAAAUAAUGUAAGCGUGCAGUCUGAAAAUAUGUAAACCAUGACCUUACAGUGUAUUUGUUCUUUGAACAUGUCUAGGUUAAUUUUAUUUCCAUGAAAUGUCAAUGAAGAUAAAAAGCCAUUUAGGAUGGUGACUAAAUAAAUUUAUUUUUAAAUA